CUUCCAUCGUGGUAAGCGCCGCAUUGAUUCGUUCACCCCAAGAAAGUGAAGGAAAAACUCAUAUAAAAGACUGAAUCGAAUACUGUGUGGAUUAAAAUAGGCACAUCAUGACCAUUUUGAGCUCCUUCAAUGACACUAGAGGUACACAGAGCAUUCGCGUUCAAGUUCAAGACGACAGGCUUCCGCACGCAAACCCCGUCCAGGGUCAAGAUUCUGGCUUUCCGAACAGAACAGUGGCGAGGCAGAUCUCAACGAGGGUCUUCAAAAUUUUAUUCCUCUCACACAUAUUGUUUAUCGCAGUCUUAACAAUUUUCCUGACUAUCUAUGGCCUAAUCUCUGCCUCUCGCAACCACCAAUUCCACCCCUCAAAGUGGUACCCUCCGCUUCUGUCUUCAACAGCGAGUGCUGGAAUAGUUGCCUUUACAUGUCAAUGGAUCACAGCUCGCAGGCCCUCGAAGGCCAUCAAGGCAGCAUUUUGGCUGAGUCCUCUCCUUACGCUUGCAACUGGCGUUAUGUUUGUGUACAUUGAAUCUGCACUUGGUAUGGUAGCUGGUGUGGUUGCUUUGGUUUCUGCAUUAAUACAGUCACUUUAUGGCUGUUGGGUUAGUCCCAGAUUUGAAUAUGCCACCAGAAUUUUAUCAAUCUCCUUAACUUUUCCUCCUGCUAGAAUUAUGGGGUUGGUUUUCUCAUCAAUCCUUGCUGGUAUUCUUUAUUGCUGUUUCCUUGUUGCCGGGAUAGGAGGAGCUAAAGCUAUUGAAAGCAAAACCAAAUUGGCCGCCUUGUUCAUCUUGGUGAUCCUGCUUAGCCUGGGAUGGACCAUGCAGUUUCUUAAAAAUGUGCUGCAAGUAUCUGUCUCAAGGAUCAUGUACAUGAAUUUUGCUUGUGGAGUACAUAUUGACACAAGAGCGGCAAUCUAUGACACAAUCAAGUACUUAACUGGUAGUGUUUCCAUUGGUUCCAUCCUCGUGCCUCUAAUUGGACUCUUUCGGGGUUUUGCAAGAUCCAUGAGCCUGGUUGGAGGCGACACGGAUGAGUUCAUGUUCUCCUGCGUUAGUUGCUACAUGGGGAUUGCUUCUACUCUCGUAAGACAUGGCAACCGAUGGGGUUUUGUGUAUGUAGGAGCCUAUAACAAGGGAAUUGUGCAGUCAUCCUCUGAUACGUGGGAGAUGUUCAACAGAGUUGGUUUGGAGCAACUGAUAGACUCAGAUCUCACAGGAUCGUUCUGUUUUUUUUGUGGGGUGGCAGGGGGUGCUAUUAGUAGCCUAAUGAGUGGAAUAUGGACCAUAUUACUUCACAGGAACUAUGCAGCAGAAACAUCCGUUUAUGCCUUCUUGAUUGGCUACUUCAUGGUGAGUCUUUUAUUUGCAUAUUUUUCAUUGUUUCUUUAGCAUCACUUA